AUGCAUAUAUCCGAUUCUCCAACCACGAUUCGGGUUAUGACCAGGCUGAAGAGGAGUGGAAAGCAUAAACCACUCGCCGCACCACGAUUCCCAUGGCUCAGGACUCGCACACGGUAUCUGCCAACCACCUCCACUUUCCCAUCCCACUACCCAAUAAUCCAAAGGACUACCCCAGAUCUCCAUACAGCAUUAGUCGAAUCUGUAGUUGCAAUUAUUGCCUGUUCCGAUCGUUCAUGGAUUAGAAUGGCAUUUACCAGUUAUUGUUCGGCCAACGCUCCAUCUUUGGUAUUCAAGUACUCUAGAGCACCUACACCCGCAUACGCCAAGGUGCAUGUGCAUAUAUCUAUAAGUAAAUCCUACACUUUCCAAAACAUCAGGACUGUCUCCAAGUUAGAGGAAUAUCGCCAUAGAGCUGCGCCUGCGCUUGACUACUCGAAUAGGCUUCUCCAGACGAGUUGGGCGGGAAAGGCCUCGCCGCGACACCGGAACGAACGAACAGGGGUGGCACCGGGCCGACCAACACACACCACUCCACAACGCACACCGCAUUGUCAAAGCGUAAAUGAUGUGUAUCGUGCCUCCUAUGGAGAAGCACAUACAUACUUUUUCUUACAGCAGAGUAAUCUUCAUAAGGCUGGCGCACUCAGAGUUCUAGAAGUUAGAACCCGUAAAACACUGGAGUAG